AUGUACGAUUCUCUUAUUCAUGGUCAAAAGGAUAUCUCUGAAAUUAAAUCAACACAAGAAAAAAAGCCAGAAACCGAACACACAGAAAGUGAUGAAAUUCAUUUGAGACAUACCAAUUCAUUUUUAAAGGAAAACAAGGUUCCAAGUAAUUCAGUUUCUAGAGCUAUUCAAUUUGCUGCUUUGGGUAUCAAACUGGGAGUCAAUACUGCUAAGGAACAAUACUUUUCAAAGAAACCUGAAGCAACUGAAACCUCUCAAACAUCUGAUUCUGAAAAAAAGAACAUUUCUGUGACUGAUGUUUUAACAGAAAAGAAUGCAGAGAUUCUUGCCGAUACUCUCUGUAAAAUGAGAGGAGCUGCCUUAAAGAUUGGUCAAAUUAUGUCCAUUCAAGAUGAGUCAACUGUUCCUCCAGUCAUUCAAAAGGCUUUGGAAAAGGUCAGACACUCUGCUAAUGUCAUGCCAACCUGGCAAUUGGAGCAAGCCAUGUCUGCAGAAUUUGGAGAAGCAUGGAAGAGUGGAUUCAAACAUUUUGAUACUAAACCAAUUGCAGCUGCCUCGAUAGGUCAAGUUCACAAGGGUGUUCUUGCAAAUGGUAAAGAAGUUGCAAUCAAGGUUCAAUAUCCUGGAGUUGCUGACUCUAUUGAAAGUGAUAUUAGAAAUGUAGAAAGAAUUAUCAAAUAUACAAAUCUCGUUCCUCGUGGUGCAUUCUUGGGACAAACCAUGGAACAAGCUAGAAAAGAGUUGACACAAGAAUGUGACUAUGUUCGUGAAGCUAAAUCUCAAAAGAUGUUUAGAAAAUUAAUUCAAGAUGAUGCUAUCGCUGAAAAGAAUAGAGGUUAUGUAACUGAUGUUCCAAUGACUUCAUAUAGUGUACCUGAAGUUUUUGAUGAAUUCACUACAAGAAGAGUUUUGUGUACAGAAUUAAUUAAGUAUGGUAAAACAAUCGAACAAAUCAAGGAAGAAUAUCCAAUUGAAGUCAGAAAUAGAGUCGCUAAAUUGAUUCUCAAAUUAUGUUUAAAGGAAUUGUUUGAAUUCAGAUUUAUGCAAACGGAUCCAAACUGGGCUAACUUUUUCUAUGAUCCAAAGACUGACACUUUGCACUUGUUAGAUUUUGGAGCAUGUUUGGAAUUCCCUCAAGAAUUUGUUGACCAAUACUUGCGUGUUGUCCAUGCAAGUGCCACUAAAGAUUUUGAGACAGUAAUUGAUGCUUCAAGAAAGAUGGGUUUCCUCACUGGACAAGAAUCCAAGGAAAUGAAUGAAGCUCAUGCAACAGCUGCCAUGCAUAUUGGUGAACCAUUUGCAUGUGAAGGCAUUUAUGAUUUCAGAAGUAAGGCUAUUCCAGAAAGAGUUACUAAAAUCAUUCCAACCAUGUUAAAACAAAGAUUAACAGCUCCACCUCCAGUAACUUAUUCUCUCCACAGAAAGUUAUCUGGUGCCUUUUUGUUGUGUAACAAAUUGGAUGUUGCAAUUGAAUGCAGAGAAAUAUUCCUUGAUGUCUAUAAUAGAUAUAUGGAAAAGAGAGGACAUUUAAUUAAUAAACAAUAA